UAGUCCGCUGGUGGAUUUGAUGAGUCGCGGAUAGACAAGGUGAAGGUGGAUUCUCAAAAAUGGAUAAAAAGUUUUUCCUACUAUUGGUAGUAUUUUCCACACUCUGUGUCCUCUGUCCUGCCCAUCCGACAGUGAUCACCAAAGGAUCAUCCCAAAAUGACGAUCUUCAGUACAGAUUGCCAAGAACAUCCCGACCAUUUCACUAUGAUUUGCACAUGAAGAUCGAUGUGGAUGAAAUUGAGUUCUUUGGCUGGGAAACCAUUCACAUUGAUGUACUGGAAGCAACUGACGAAAUAGCAGUUAACUACAAGGAUAUGACGGUGACUGAGGAAACUGUGAGUCUUAUGGAUAGCAAUAACAAUCUUGUGCAGCUUCAAUCAUUUGACUACAACAACAUCACGGAGAUCUUAAGAUUAAAAUUCCCCCAAUUGAUCCCUGAAAAAUAUUAUCUUUACCUGGAAUUUAAUAGCACGAUAAGAAACGAUCGAAAAGGGCUGUAUAUCAGCACUUAUUUCAAUGAAACUGGUGAUAAAAGAAAUAUCGCCACAACAUUUAUGGCCCCUAAUUAUGCGAGAAUGGCAUUUCCCUGUUACGACGAACCAGAAUAUAAAGCAACUUAUUCAAUCCGCAUAAGUCACAGAGAUAAUUACUUUGCAAUCUCCAACAUGCCAGCUCUUCGAGUCGAACCAGAAGGAACAACUGAUGGAUGGUUGACUACAGUCUUCGACAAAUCCUUAAAGACAUCGACAUAUAUUGUAGCAUUUAUAGUUUGCGAUUUCGUUGGCAACAAAGAUCCUGUGGCAAAUUUUACGAUUUUUUCACAACAGUCCGUUAUUGGUGAUACCGACUUUGCUCUUCAAUAUUCUCAAAAUGUCCUAAAAGAACUAGAACUGUAUCUAGAUCGAAAGUUUCAAUAUCCCAAAAUGGAUAUAAUCGCUAUCGAUGAUUUCCUGAUGGGAGCCAUGGAGAACUGGGGCAUUAUAACGUAUUUGAGUAGCCGAAUCCUGGUCAACGACAGAACAGAUGAGAAAGCCAAGCAUCAAGUAGCUAAAACCAUUGCUCAUGAAUUGGCUCAUCAGUGGUUCGGCAACGAAGUUACCCACUUUUACUGGUCAGCCGUAUGGCUUAAGGAAGGUUUAGCAUCACUUUUCGAAGAUAGUAUCAGUGGAAUAAUUUUCCCAGAUUGGAAAACUGAGGAUAAAUUCACACUAGAUACUAUGCUAUCCGUUAUGCAAGAUGAUGCUGGGAAAACCGGUGUUAGACAAAUGUUUAUGGAAGUUGAGACCGUUGAGGAGAUCCGAAAUAUUUACGACUUCGUUACGUAUAAAAAAGCUGCAUCAGUUAUGAGAACUAUGGCCAAUAUUUUGACCGGACCCGUUUUCAAAGCAGGACUAAAGAAGUACAUCAAUGAUUUCAGCUUCGAUGUUGCCGCUCCCGAUGACCUAUCCGGAAGUUGGCAAUGGGCAAUUGAUCAAAACGUUCCAGGAUCGCUUCCUCCGAUAAAAGAAGUCUUUGAUACGUGGAUAAACAACCCCGGGUUCCCAUUUAUUAUAGUCACAAGAAACUAUGACAGCUCACGAGUUUCAGUUAGGCAACAACGUUUUAUGGCAACUUUGGACUUUACCAAAGUACCCGAAACACGUUACUACAUACCUUUGAACUACGCUUCUCCGUCGAAGAACUCUGAUUUUGCGGAUACAUCUGUCGAUCAUUUUCUUAAACAUACUGACAACUCGGUUGAAUUUCCAGUUCAGGCCCAAGCCAAUGACUGGGUAAUUUUUAAUUCAAAAUCCACAAUGUACUAUCGAGUGAAUUACGACCAUAGGAAUUGGGAAUUAAUCAUCGAAGCCCUUACUACGAAUCACAACACUAUUGAUCCUUCCAACAGAGCUCAGCUGAUUGAUGACUCCUUUAACUUAGCACGCUACGGAUAUCUUCCAUAUAAAUUUCCUUUCGACCUAAUGAAGAACUACUUCAAGAACGAACGGUACUACUAUGCUGCAGCUUCUGGUAUUCGUAACCUAGAAUAUUUAAAGAGAAACGUACGAAGUAUCGGAACGGAAAGGUUCUCAACCUUCAUCCUAGAUCUGUUAACUCCGGUAUACAAUGAAAUCGGGCUUGAAGAACUACCCACUGAUGAUCAUUUGCAAAAGAUGUUACGAACUGAUGUCCUACUACUUGUUUGUAGGACUCCAAAAUCACCUUGCAUCCAAGAUGCUUACAAUUACUUGAAAGAGAAUUUGCAAAAUGACAUUUCUACCAAUGUCCGACGAGCAAUAUACCGUGGAGCCAUUCAAUACGAUUGCCGGGAAUAUGAAGAAAAUUGCCAGACCGAUUUCCCAGGAUUCAAAAUCCUAACGGACAAAUUAAGUAGACUUACAAGGUCAGAAGCUAGUCGCAGAAGAAACUCAUUGGAAAUUGGGGAUAUUUUUUCUGCCUUUGGUUGUGUUACAGACAGUAGCUUAAUAAACGAGAUCCUUAGUAUGACUAUUCAAGGAUAUCCUUUCGUUGAAUUUGAAAAUUCUUACUACAACACAAUCUUAAACAAUUUACUGUACUCCGAAGAAAAGAUAAUAAAACACGUUCUUGAAUUUCUGAGGGACAACUUGCAGACUCUCCAGGAUCGCUUGGAUAGUUUUUCUGGCAUUUUUGCAAAUAUCGGAUAUGUAGGUGUAACAGAAGAACACAAAUCACUGAUACUAGAAAUAAUUGAGAGGUACAUGGCUCAAGCUGAGGAUCCAAUUUCCGAGAGUAUGCAGAAAACAAUCGAUACAGCUCUCGACGAUAUCGAGGAAAACCUAGCUUGGAAUACUAAGCUUUCUGGUGAAGUUCUCGAAUGGUUAACCGAAAAUACAAGUGGGUCAGGAACGAUUUACAUGGUAAACUUCCUACUUUGUAUCAGCGCCUUGUCUCUUUAUUUCUUGAAUUAAUACCUUUCCAAUAUAGCUGAAAUUUAUAUCAAAUUAUCCUAAAUAAAUUAACGAGUACAAUA